UCUGCUCCAGAGCACCUCAUUAAUUGACUCGGUAUCUCCUGUUAUCCUGAUAUUAUUUUGCUUCUUCUUAGGGUCUUUUAUUUUUUUCCGAUGACUACUUUUGACUUCUCUGAUGUGGAAGCGUUUUUGGACUGCCACCCGGACCUCUUUGAGGAGUAUGUUGUGCGUAAAGGAAAAUGCGAUACGGUGAGCAGGUGGUUGAAGGACCAACAGCCGUCCAAAGUCUCCCUCGCGGAGGAAAAGCGUGGCGGAGUGCCCAGGGACCCGCUCUGGCCGACCAACCCUGACGGUCUCCGGCGCCGAUCCUCCCACAUGGAGCUCCGAAGGAACUUUGCCCGGUCCAAAGCCACCACCGCGCACAGAACCUACGACGAGCACGCCAGUCACAGGGAACACGAUGAUUCCCAGUCCAGCAUGAGACGCCGCGCGUUACUGCGCAAAGCUAGUUCUUUGCCGCCAACCACCGGGCACAUUCUGAGCGCCCUUCUCGAAUCCAGGGUCAAUGUGCCCCAGUACGCUUCCAGUGCCAUCGACUACAAGUACAGACUGAAGGAGACCAACGAGAGGGAGUUCUUCCUUGAGUUGGUGAAAGAUGUCUCCAAUGACCUGGACAUGACCAACCUGAGUUAUAAGAUCCUGAUCAAUGUGUGUAUCCUGGUGGAUGCGGACAGGUGCUCGCUGUUCCUAGUUGAGGGACCAUCUCACAAGAGAACGCUCGUGUCUAAGUUAUUGGACGUGCACCUGGGCACCACGGUGCGACCCUCUUCCAGCACUCUGAACUCUAACGAGGUGCAGGUGCCGUGGGGAAAGGGCAUUAUUGGAUACGUGGCAGAGCAUGGAGAGACUGUAAACAUACCCAACGCAUAUGAGGACCAUCGGUUCAGUGACGAGAUAGACAAGCUGACCGGCUAUAAGACCCAGUCCAUCCUGUGUAUGACCAUCUGUAACAGUGACGGAGAGGUCAUCGGGGUUGUGCAGGCCAUCAACAAGAACCCAAUCGGAACACCUUUUACGGAGGACGACGAGAAGGUGCUGCAGAUGUAUCUACCUUUCUGCGGAAUAUCCAUCUCCAACGCCAAGUUGUUUUCAGAGUCUCGGAAGGAGUACGAGAGGAGCAGGGCUCUGCUAGAGGUGGUGAAUGACCUGUUUGAGGAACAGACAGACCUGGAGAAGAUAGUGAGGAAGAUCAUGCAGAGAGCUGUGACCCUGCUGCAGUGUGAACGCUGCUCUGUGUUGCUGCUGGAGGAUAUACACUCACCUGUGGUAAAGUUCUCAAAGACCUUUGAGCUCAUGUCUCCCCUGUGCAACAUGGACCUGUGUGUCUCUGACAAAGUCAGCAUGGAGAAGCUGUCCUGCUCUGAUUGGCUGAUCAAUAACAGCAUUGCUGAGCUGGUGGCGUCCACAGGACUGCCUGUUAACAUCAGCGACGUCUGUCAGGACCCCCGCUUUGAUGCUGAGGCAGAUCAAGCCUCAGGAUUCCACAUCAGAUCAGUACUGUGCGUCCCCAUCUGGAAUCGGACUCAUCAGAUAAUAGGGGUUGCCCAAAUUCUAAAUCGCCUGGACAGGAGGACGUUCAAUGAUGCAGAUCAAAGACUGUUUGAGGCCUUUGUGAUAUUCUGUGGGCUGGGGAUCAACAACACCAUGAUGUACAAUCAAGUGAAGAAGACCUGGGCCAAGCAGUCUGUGGCCCUGGAUAUGCUGUCCUACCACGCCACAUGCUCCAAGGUAGAGGUGGACAGACUCAAG